AUGACUGAGGACACCUCUCCACCCCAACCCCAUCCAUCAACCCCCAAACUCCACCCCAACACCAUCCAUCAACCCCCAAGCUCCACCUCAACCCAACCCUCAAUCCCCAAACUCCACCCCAACCCCAUCCAUCAACCCCCAAGCUCCACCUCAACCCCCUCCAUCAACCCCCAAGCUCCAUGUCAACCCAACCCUCAACCUCCAAGCUCCACCUCAACCCUAUCCAUCAACCCCCAAGCUCCACCUCAACCCUAUCCAUCAACCCUCAAGCACCCAAGCUCCACCUCAACCCAACCCUCAACCCCCAAGCUCCACUCAACCCUCAACCCCCAAGCUCCACCCAACCCUCAACCCCCAAGCUCCACCCAACCCUCAACCCCCAAGCUCCACCUCAUUCCCAACCCUCAACCCCCAAGCUCCACCUAA